GGCUGUAAGUGCUUAGGACUUUGAACGCGACGUAAGCUCCCCGACUGAACCAGGGCAUCCUUCGAAGAUAAUGUCCAGACUUAAUGACCAGCAAGAACAGGACAGGACCGAGAAAUGGGUUUCCGUAACAUCCUGAGUGGCCUUGCGCUGGGCCUUCCGCUGGUUCUGGGCGCCAUUCCGUCCAUCCCGGGCUUCAACCUAACAUGGGGCGAGGACUUUACGGGCAACGCCGGCAGUCUCCCCAGCCCGGCCCAUUGGAUCAUCGAUACGGGUCACAGCUACCCGGGCGGACCGGCCAACUGGGGCACCGGUGAGAUUCAAGCCUACACCAGCAGCACCAACAACCUGCGCCUCAACGGAAACGGCCGCCUCCAAAUCAUCGCCAUCCGGGAGAGCCACGGCGGCUGGACCUCAGCCCGUAUCGAGUCCCAGCGAGCCGACUUUGUCUGCCGCAAGGGCGGCAAGAUGCGCAUCGAGGCCAGCCUGAACCUGCCUGCGGUUCCGCAGCCCAUCGGCUACUGGCCUGCUUUCUGGACUUUAGGAGCUGCCUACAGGGGACAAUACUGGAACUGGCCCGGCAUUGGCGAGUUCGACAUCAUGGAGAACGUCAACGGCAUCAACAGGGUGUGGGGAGUCCUGCACUGCGGCGCCAACCCGGGCGGGCCCUGCUUCGAGACGGACGGCCGUCCCAACAGCCGCGAGUGCCCAGGCGCCCCCUGCCAGGGCAACUUGCACACCUACACGUUCGAGGUCGACCGGACGCAGCAGCAGCUCGAGGCCAUCCGCUGGUUCGUCGACGGCAUCCUCUUCCACCAGAUCGUCUCCACCGACCUCCCCCCCGACACCUGGGCCCAGGCCGUCCACAAACCUCACUUCAUCCUGCUCAACCUCGCCAUCGGCGGCGCCUUUCCCAACAAGAACUACGGCAAUACCACGCCCCUGCCCACGACCACCUCGGGCGGCGUCCUCGAGGCCGAGUACAUUGCCGUGUACAACAACUAA